AUGCGGGUUAAUCUUUCCCUGGACGAGGACUGGGAUCCAGACAAUUGGUUAUGUGAAUCAUGUGAAGAAGGCAAUGGGAUGCUUUUUCCAAACUCUAGAAUUCAGGAAGACACAUUAGAAUCAUUAAACGAUAGAAGCCGCUAUGAUACCAUGCAUUUAGCAGGUGCCAGCACAAGUAAUUGUUCAGGGUGGCAAGCUCACUCCAAAAGGCAAAAGUCUGUCGUGAGUGAAAAGGUUAAGUUCAUUACAAAUGAAGAAGUCAGGAGGCUAUCUUCGGCAGACCAGCCUCAGAUGACUCCUGUUGGGUACAAAACUGUUACUCCAAAGUCUCCUGGUUCAGGGGUUAAAGUAAAUCCUAGAUUUAUACGUUCUGAAGUUGCGAUGCCUCAUAGACGUAGUAGGCCGCCCAAGAUGCAAAACAUCUCAAAGAUCAAUCAGCAAGCUCAACCUCCCUGUACUGUUCAUCGUAAAGCCUAUGAGUUUUCACGAAAAAUGCCUCCUGUCCUACGGGCCAAUUUGCUUCCUAGAUUGCUUCUUUGGGCUGAUCCCUUCCAAGAGGAAUGUCCUGAUCUUCAAGAUGUUGGACUGUACUUUUUCCCUGAUGAUAACAUUGCUGGAUCAAGAGAGACCUAUGCUUUGCUGUUUGAGGUCAUGGAUACCCAAAAUUCAGUGAUGAGAAUUUUCUUUGAUGGAGUGGAUGCUGUAGAUUUGCUGAUAUUUACAUCUACCCAGCUGCAUUUUUACUCGCCGAGUGGAAAGAUGGUGGGAACCGUUGAUGUAGUGUUCCGAAAGACUCGUCCACCCCUUAUAGAGAGCCUAUCAUGGAAGCAUUACAACAACUUUUGAAUAUUAAGAAGGACGAGCAUUAUUCUUACCUUACCAGAUUAAGGGUUCUGGAUUCUACUGUAAAAUUGUUGUUGGAGUUUAACUCAGAG